UCUUUUCACUUCAGUACCUGGCUCCAUCGGCAUCUGGAGGGAAGAGAUACUCUGAAAUGGCUCGUUUCUCACGUGUUCAUAUACUUAGGAAUGAUAUUGUUGAUACUCGGGUACUGUAUCCUCGGUGCGCUAACAUUCCAAUAUUUGGAGAACAAUGCAAUUCAUGCGAAACGAGCAAAAGUAGGUACACCAGCAUGUUGGAGUGAAUUGCAAGUUUAUACAAGGGACAACAGGACAACGGUGCUUCAGAAUCUGUACAAUGUCACAGAGAAGUUAUUGAUUCAUCAGGUACAGAGCAGUUUGGAAAAAGACAAGGAACUGGACCAAGAUAAAAUCGACGAAUGGGUUUUAGCAGCGAAGUUGAUUAUAGAGGAUUACGAAACGAAAAUCAAGGUUAUCCAGAAGGACUCAGGCCUUUGCGAAGCUGAGAGGGUGGUUGGAGACGACUGGGCGUUCAAAACCGCGUUGCUGUUUGCUACAACGGUUGUUACCACGAUUGGGUACGGCAACAGGACGCCGGAGAGCUGGCAGGGCCGCCUGGCGACCCUGCUGUACGCCAUGCUCGGCGUGCCCCUGAUGCUCUUCUCCAUGCGCACGCUCGGUCGUUCCAUCGGUACGCUGCUCGACCACCUGUACAAGUACGUGCAGGACAGCUGCCGGUGCAGGCGGGACGAGCAGGACGACAAGCUCUUCACGUCAACGGGGGACGCUUCGGUCGCUGCCGACACGGCCAGCCCUCAGCAGGAUGGCGGACUAGUGCUACCACCUACGGUGCAGGCAGGAGAGACAUCUACCGGUGCCCCCGGUCAGCAGCCUCUGAUCACAAUGACGCCGGCGGACGAGGACGGCCAGAUCCGCACCGAGUACCAGCGCGACCAGUCCCGGCGCCGUCAGCCGACGUCGGUCCCACGGGGCCUCGCCAUCGCUGCAACUGAGGGUGCCGCUGGCCGUCAUCUUUGUCAUCACUACCAUGUACAACUUCAUCGGGGCGGCGCUGUUCUCCCACUACGAGCAUUGGUCCUUCCUCGACGGCUUCUACUUCACCUUCAUCACCAUCUCCACCAUCGGCUUCGGAGAUCUCGUGCCGAAAAUCCUGAGCGAUAAGGACCCCGACUACGGCGGCGUGCCUGCAUGGUGGGUGGAAACCUCCUACGUCGUCUACGUCAUGGUCGGGCUCACCGUUAUCCAGAUGUCGUUCGAGCUGACCAAAGAAACGAUCAACAACCAGUUCUACUCACUGGGCCGGUCAGCAGGUCUGAUCGAGUCCCAGCAGGAGGAUGGAGCAGCCGAGCCGGGCAUGGAGCGUCAGCUGAGCGAGCCGGGCGAGGGAGAGCUGAGGAGACGGCACAGGCGUGCUACGCGCCGCCACCACAGCGGCGGCUCCCGCGGGAUGUCCCUCAGAACGCCGUGGGGCGACCGCAGUCUGGACAACGGUGGAAGCUCGCCCAGCAUGCGGUCGGCCGAGCCAGGCUCCGGCCAGCCGAGCACCGAGGUCAGCAGUGCAGAGUCGGUGCCGCGGCCAGUCCGACCCAAGUCGGCUCGUCCGCGCAGGUCAGAGCAGUAUCGGGACGAGUACUGAGCCCAAGCCGCACCAGGUGACUGGAAUAAUGAAUGACUCCGUGCCGAAAGCACGGGGACAAGUUG